GCAAGAGUACAGCUCAGCGGUUUUGAAAAAGGAGCGAUUGCCGGGGCAUCGAAGACCCACGCAGUUGAAAUUGCGAAGGAAGUUUAACGAGUAACGCCGGUGUCUAAGACCUGGUUCCCCAUAUAUAGUGAUGGACAGCUCGGACGUCAGAGAGCUCAGCGACUUUGAACAAGGCGUGAUUUUUGGGGCGCGUUUGGCCGGAGCAUCAACAGCCGAAGCGGCUCUCAUCGCUGAGGAGGUGUAUCGAGGCACGCCGGUGUCUAAGGCCUCUGGGGUGACCGUGACGGAAGACGUGGUGACCGUCUUCAACAAGAUGAAGGUGCGGAAGGCCCAGGCAGGAGAGGAGGAGAAGAGGAAGAGGAAGAAGGCAGUGCUCUUCUGCCUGAGCGAGGAUGAGCAGAACAUCAUCCUGGAGGAGGGCCAGGAGAUCCUGCAGGGGGACGUGGGAACCACCGUACAGGACCCCUACCUGCACUUCGUCAAGAUGCUGCCGCCCGAAGACUGUCGCUACGCCCUCUACGACGCCACCUACAAGACCAGAAGAGCCCAGAAGGAAGAGCUGGUCUUCAUCUUCUGGGACCCAGAAAGUGCUCCCUUAAAGACGAAGAUGGUCUAUCACCGAUCCUGGGACACCAUCAGAAAGAAAAUCAGAGGUAUCAAAAUUGAGUGGCGAGUGAACCGUCUGGAGGACAUCCAGGACCGGCGUACCCUGGCAGCAAAGCUGGGGGGCCAGUCAGUGGUGUCUCUUGAAGGGAGCCCUAUAUAAACCCAGCCCCAGGCUUCGUUUGCGGCCUGUAGGAAGACCAGAAUUCAGAAUUCCAUGGGGUUUGG